GGGGACCCGGCGGUUUUCAAUGAUUGGGUUUUCAUCCUGCGCUCCUACCUCUCGGCCAUGGACCAGCGCUACCAGGCCCUUCUGCAGCGAGCGGAAACUUCGACCACUGGACUCUGGAACAGGACUUUGGAUCCAGUGGAGAAAGGCCUCAGCACACAACUUUAUUUUAUACUUGUGAUGCUGUGCCGCGACAGGGCGCUGGACAAGCUGCACAACGCAGGGGAGUCCGAAGGACUUGAGGCAUUUCGCCAGCUGUACCUGGAGUACAACCCCAAGCUUUCCUCACGCUAUGUGGGGUUGCUUUUGGAGAUCCUGAGGUACCGCUUUGAGGGCGACCUGGUGUCCUGCGUGGAGUCCUUUGAGAGAAAGGUGCGAGAGUAUGAGAAACAGAGCGGCAAGGAUGUGGACGAUGACACCGUGAUCGGCAUCGUUAUCCUUGGGAUGGCGGAUGCUGCUGUGAAGGAGCAUCUGGUACGGCACGCGAGCCGGCUGGACACAUGGUCAAAGAUGCGUGGGGAGAUCCUGGAGAUAGCCAGGACGCAGCAGUAUCUGAAGAACACGCCGCAGGACAUGGAGCUCGGUGGCGUCCCAAAGGGCAAAGGAAAAGACAAAGGCCAACAGAGUGGCACCGGUGCUGGCAAAGGCCAGCGUCUUUGCUUCUACUGCCAGAAGCCGGGGCAUACAAAGGACGUGUGCCGAAAGAGGCUCUCUGACCUGAAGAAGGCCGAAGGCAGUGGAAAAGGAGAAGCAAUCAGCAUGAGAACCGUGACGGGUGAAGCGUUGAACCUAGGUGAGCGUCUUAAGGAAAAGUUGGUGGAACUUCCCAGGAUCCCUCUUGUCAAGGAUAAGGGUGUGUACUGGCUAGAUGUAGAAAGAAGCCCGAAGCAGAAGGCAGAAGAGGCGGAUGCGGAACCGCUUGGCGACGCUCCCCUGCAGGAGGACUUGGAGCCAGAGGGUGAAGCCGGUAGGCGUAGGGAGGAAGAAAAGAAGGAAGACGUAGCUAGGUCAGUAGCAGAUCUUCUGGUUAGGAAGUACCCCAAGAAGGCCACGGCGCAGCCAGCUCCCAAGGGCGACUCCCAGGCCAAUGGCGCCGCAGAGCGCGCAGUUCUGGAACUUGGCAAUCAGGUUGCUGAGUUCGGGGAGGUUGUGCUUUAUAAGAUUUCGAACCAGAGUCUUAGGAAGCUAGAAGACCGUUGGUCGUGUGGGGUUUGGCUGGGAAAGAGCCUCAGCAACGACGAGCACUUUGUUGCAACGGCAGACGGCAUUCAGAGAUGCCGGUCCAUCCGCCGACGGGUGGAGAAGAAGCGUUUUGAGAGGGACUACCUGGACAAGAUGGCGGGCACCCCGUGGCAGCCGCGUGGCGUGCCAGAGAGAACGCCAUUGGCGCCCGGAAGGCCCCUACCACAGGGGCGGUUGGAAGGCAAUGUGCCAAAGCCUAAGGGCGUGUACAUCACGGCCGAAAGGCUGAUCAAGUACGGUCGGACCGAGGGCUGCCCAGGCUGCGACGUUCCUUACGGAGAAGCGCCGGGCAGACACAGCCCUGAGUGCCGCGCAAGGUUUACGGAUCUUGUUGCGAAGGAGCAGGAGGUGGCGCCCAAGGGGGCGGCAACGGGUGAUGGAGGGGAUGUUCCGAUGGAUGCUGGUGCAGGCUCCUCGGAAGCACAAGCUGGUGGUAGAGAACCUUCUCGCCCCAGCGCAGAAACCCCAAGAAGGGUUACGGGCAAGCGUGAAGGCGCCUCUUCGGAUGGUAGCCGGCCCAAAGAGGNNGAAAGCUCUGGCGAACCCCCUUCGAGCCCAAGGACUCCCAGCAGGAAGCGAGAGGCAGAUGGCCCCGCACCGCAGGGAGACGAUGAUGGUGAAGUCAUCGCGGGUCUGCCAACUCUUCACGAGUGGCCGGUGGAGCCCGACCUCCUAGCCACCACGGUCGUGGCCGCAGCGUACGACGAAAGAACAGGUGAGCUUCUUGACGAGGAGCAGGUGGCACAAGGAAGAGCAAAGGAGAAGGGACAGAUGGAGACCUUCAACGUGAAGAGUGACAUCAGCUACCAGGAGGCUAGGAGCAAGGGCCUCAGGCUGGUGAAGUCGCGGUGGGUCGACACCGCCAAGGAGAUCAACGGCAAGCCUGGUGUGAGGAGCAGGCUUGUGGCCCAGGAGGUGAACACCUACAAACGGGAGGAUGUGUCAAUGGGCACUCCCCCUUUGAGGGUGCAUCGUGCGGUGAUUUCGCAUGCCGCCACCGCGAAGCCAGGACAGAAGGUGAGCAAGAAGCUGGUGGCGAGGUAUGAUGUGAGCGUGGCAUUUUUCCACGCCGAGAACAGUGAGCGGAUCGGUGUGAUACCACCGGCCUCGGAAGGCACUCCCGAUGUGAUUUGGGAGCUUCACAAGGCCAUGAAUGGAACGCGCGAGGCGUCCCGACAGUGGGGCGAGAAGAUCAGAAAGGUGAAGAAGGACAGCGAGUAUGAUGAGCUACUCCUGUGCCCCAACACCUACUACUACAGUGCCGGUGACGUGGCACUCUCAUGCCACGGAGAUGAUUUCUUGGCGAGUGGGGAAGCGAGUGAGCUUGACCGCCUAGAUGAGAUCAUGAAGAAGAACUACGAGGUGAAGGUGCUGCCUCGGAUCGGAGACCCGAACCAUGGAGGGGAGACUACAACAGGUAGGCACCUGGGUCGUGUGAUCACGUGGACAGGCUCUGGGUUCACCUGGGAGGCGGACCCGAAGUACUCUGAACAGGUUGUGGAGGAGCUGAACCUCAAGGGUUGCAAGGGCGUAGACACGCCGUCUUCGAAGGCCACUGGAGCCGGGAACCGGUUUGCGGACAAAGAGCUGGACCAGGAGAGAGCGGAGGUUUUCCGCCGAGUGGCGGGCAUCAUCCUUUAUAUGUCGGUGGACCGACCUUCGCUGCAGUUUGCGGCGAGUGAGCUGGCAGAAGGAAUGNNCCGCUUGAGAUCCAUUGGCUUCGGCUCAAAAGAGUCGGGAGAUACAUUGUCUCCUACCCGGUUGAGCGGUGGCACUUUGAACUCCAGACCGCGCCCAGUGAAGCAUCUAAGCCUGAAGCAGAUGUGGAUUCAACAAGCAGUACGUGACAAAGAGUUUUCCAUCGGAAAGGUGGAUACAUCAAUGAACCUCGCCGACCUCGGCACGAAGGCUCUAGAAGCAGGCAGGUUAGAGUCCUUAGUGAAGCAGCUGCCCUUGGAAAGGGGCAUCGCGGCAGCUGUGCUAGCCUGCUGUGUGUCCAUGGGACAGGCCAUGCAAGAAGGAGGCCACGAGUCAUCUCGCGAUGACUCAGGGGAUCUUAGUGUCCUGGUGGUUUACCUUUUCGCCUUGGUCGGUUUGGUGGUUACGGUGUUCAAG